ACUGAAGUGGACCAGUGGUCGGAGAGGUCUUGUAUAAUGAUGAUUGAGACUUGUCCAUCACUGUCAAGUGGUCGCAUCCUGUCGUCUCAGGUUCUGGCCUACUUAAGCUAUCAGGCCGACGACUCCCUGCAGCCCAACCAAGGCUAAGCGUUCCCUUCUCAUUGAACUCGGUAGAAGGCGAUGUCUGUAACUUCCACGGAUGUGCUGCUUCGACACGAUCAAUCAGACAUUGUCUACAAUCGUCUAGUCAUUGCCGGAGCAGCUGUCUAUGCCUAUGAUCGAGUACUCACUGCCGGCAGAGAAGUCGAGCUGAUAUGGCGUCAAGGGAGGAUUGGCAUCGCCGUACCUAUCCUCCUUGGCUGUAUGCACUUCUCCACGAUCUUCCUGCUGGUGCUUGGCAUCGAUUUCAUGACGCCUCCCCAGUCGUGUAGGCUUCUAUAUUUUGUAUUUCGUCGCAGCCAUCAAUGCCUGUUUUCUGUAUCUCGUUUGCGGAGCCGCUUCGGCGUUGCGAACGUUCGCAGUCAACGGCAGGAAGUACACACUACCUUCUCUGGUCCUCAUCCUCUCCGCUGUCCCUGUUGUGGCAAACAUAGUCAAUAUAUCGACUGUAACUUUGGUUCUCGUCCCUCCUCCGACAAAGUGCACGGUCAACUGGAGCAUUGGAACGCCUGCGAUGCGCAACAGUACGUUCUUCGUCGGGUCUCCGUGGCAUUGCGGCGAUACGGCUUAUCGACCAUCACUACUUCUUAGUUGAGAUUGCCACGCGCGUCAGCGCUAUGACAGUCGAUGCCAUGGUGCUUUUGGCGAUGUGGCAGACUAUUGGUGGGUUCAGGAAACUUGCAGAAGGGCUUCGCGCCAACGUCU